AUCACAGUAAAAGAAGCCAGAGAGUAAAACACAACUGUACAGUGUGUAUCCUGUAUCCUGACACAUAAGAUAAGGUGUCUCAGCAGCCUGAAGAGCACAACACCCUGCUGGAAGGAGGCUCCUACAGAUGACUGCACACUAGUCUCCAGGGGACAGUAGUUUGGCUGUAAAAGCGAAGAAUGAGAAGGUUUCCUUGUGUGUGAGUGAGGCAGCAGCUAGCCAUUGGAGCGCCUUCUACACUGCACAUCUGGAAGGGAAAGCCACAGCACACGUCUAAAUGUUGGAAGCCAUACAGGAGUGAAGAGGGUGUGUAUCUGAACUGGACUUGGAUGUGAUAGAAAGAGAAGUAUUUUAGAAUUCAAGAAAAGAAUGGCUUGUUAUUUCCAAAUGUGGCAUGUCGGUGUGCUGCUCACCUUCUUAGGAUACCUGUACCCUUGCAAGGCAUCCUUCGAAGGGAGCGCCUUUCACUUGGAGACUGAAGGGAGUACAUCUGCCACCAACAGCAAGCAAGACUCUAACAUCAUAGACAUCCAGCAAUCUUUCAUUCCUGCCAGGCUGAUCCCAUUAUCACAGAGAUGUCAACCAGGAUUUUACUACUCGGUUUCUGGAGAAUGUUUAUCAUGUACAUGCAAUGGAAACUCAAACAAAUGCCUGGACGGCUCGGGGUCUUGUUUGGACUGUCAGAGAAACACAACUGGGACGCAUUGUGAAAGAUGCCCAACAGGAUACAUGGCCGAUGUGGUCCAAGGAGUUUUAAGAUCUUGCCUUCAGUGUCCAUGUCCACUUCAUUUUAGUUCUAACAACUUUGCUCUUACUUGUGCAUUGAGGAGAGGAUCAGUACGCUGUAUUUGUAAGGAAAGUUUUGCUGGUCCCAAAUGUGAAAGAUGUGCCCCAGGCUAUUAUGGCAACCCAUUACUGAGAGGCGGCACAUGUAAGAAAUGUGACUGCAGUGGAAACUCCGAUCCUAACUUGAUUUUUGAAGACUGCAAUGAAGUAACUGGGCAAUGCAACAGCUGCUUGCACAACACCACUGGAUUUCACUGUGAACGCUGUGCCCCCGGCUACUAUGGAGAUGCUAAAGUAGCCAAGGACUGCACAGAAUGCAAGUGUUCCAAGUGUGGUACUGAAUUCUGCAAUGACAUAACAGGAAAAUGUCACUGCAAACCCGGUGUCACUGGAACUACCUGCGAUCAUUGUCAAAUUGGGUACCAUAGCUAUGACAGCUGUUCGGGCUGUCAGAAGUGUGAGUGCAACCGCGCCUCCUUGGAUAACAAUUGCGACCCCAUAACUCAACAGUGUAGAUGUAGACCUGGGGCAGGGGGUCUGAAAUGUGAUAGAUGCAAGUCUGGAUAUUGGAAUUAUGGGCCGUAUGGCUGUCAGAAAUGCAACUGUGGCGGUGGUCCUUGUAACAAUAGAACUGGAGAAUGUUUGUUAGAAGACCCUGAAGCCCCAAGUGGAAUGGACUGUUCAUUCAAUUGUGAUAAAUGUAUCUGGGACCUGAUCGAUGACCUCCGACUCAGCGCCUUACUUGUCAAUGAAACUAGGUCAACUAUACUGAGCAUAUCCACUGGAGUUGCAGUGAACAGACUUCUUGGCAACAUUAAUUCCUCUGUGGUCCUUCUCAAGGAUAAAUUAAUAGAGAAGCAAAAUCAAUCAUUAUAUGAAGAUAUUCAGACUGGGUAUUUUGAAACUGAAGGAGAUCUUCUUCAGUUAGAAGUCAACAAACUUGCAGAAAAGGGAAAUCUAGCAGAGAUAAAAGGCCAGCAGAUACACAAGAAAACCAUGGCAGUGCUUGACCGUGCGAAGAUGACUGCAGAACAAAUCAGUGAUAUAGAGAAUGGCAUCCAAGAAACACUUGCAAAGCUAAAGCAUUAUGAAUCCUUACAAGGAGAGGUCAGCCAAACUGAUCGCGUUAAGACCACAAAGGAAGCAGAACAAAUGCUCAAGGACCUUGCAUUGCUAAACUUUACUCUGCAUAGGAAACUAGCUUUGGACGAGAUACAAAUUGCAUAUUAUUUGUUAACAGAGGUUCAGGAGGACUGGCUGCAGACACACAACAACACUCUAUCUCUGUUUCCUAUUGUUCUGGAGCCUAUCGCUGAAUACAAUAAAAAGCUCACUGACCUUCAAGAGGCUUUAAAGGAAGCUCGGCAGCACAUACAGGACACAACUGAUAAAAACGAGAAAAACAAUGGCAGACUGCAUAUACAUGAUUCCCAGAUAACUGACAUGAAUGAAGCCACAAUAUCUGCCAGUAACACAAUAACUGAAGCCAGGAAGACACUGAAUGACUCUCAAGAGAUCAUUGCGGAUAUAACUGAUUUACUUAAGGAUACAUCUGGCCACCAUGCUGAAAUAGAUGGUGCUCAUAAUGGUCUUCAAGAAAGAAUAGCUAACUUGUCUGGCAAUGCUGAAGAACUAGUACAAAGAAGUGUAAACCAUACCCUACACCUUCAAAAACAGGCAGAUGACCUGGCCAGAGAUUUAAAAGGUGUUGAUACAAAUGGACUGGUCCAGAAAGCUAUCGAUGCUUCCAAUGUCUAUGAGAAAAUUUUAACUUUGGUUGAGGAUGCCAACGAGACAUCUGUUUUGGCAUUGAGCACUGCUGAAAGAGUCAUUGAUGCUGUAGACGUUACUAAUAACCAGAUUGUUUACCAAAAAGGGGAAAGUGCGCGACUCUUGACUGAAGCUAGAGACUUGCGGGACCCCUCAGAUUUAGGUUUGGCAGAUACCAAACAAAGGAUCAGUGCUGCAGCAUUAAGAAAGGCAGCCUUGAAUGAAAGACUGGCAAAUGUUCUUACUCAGCUUCAAGCCCAUAAGGAUGGUGACACAAGAAAAAGGCUAGCACAGUCAAAACUCUUGGCAGACAAGGCUCUAAAUAUCACUGCUGUGGUAUCUGAGGUGACUGACCCAAUGGAACAAAAUGCAAACAUGUGGGCAGAAAACCUAAGCAACUCUAAUUUUAAUGCCUCAGAUUACAAUUCUGUUGUUAACUCAGCUGGAGAAACAGUUAAGAAUUUGACAGCGGUAAUGCCAUUACUCCUGGAUAAACUGCGCAGUGUAGAAUACAAAGUCCCUCCCAACAACAUCUCCUCCAGCAUUAACCGUAUUCGUGAACUGAUCGCACAGACAAGAAGCAUAGCCAGUAAGGUUCAAGUGUCGAUGAAGUUUGAAGGCAAAUCAGCAGUUAAUGUGAACAUGAAAACAAACGUAGCUGACCUGAAGUCCUAUUCCGCCAUCAGUCUGUUCAUAAACCCAGAGCUUCACCAACAAGACAGAUUUAUUAUGUAUAUGGGGCACAAAAAUGGUAAAACAGACUACAUGGGUCUUGCAAUCAAACGUAACAGUCUUGUAUAUGUGUACAACCUGGGAAAAGGAGUUGUUGAGAUCCCAUUGGACUCCAAGCCUGUCAGCACAUGGCCAUCAUACUUCAGUCUUGUGAAAAUAGAAAGAUUGGGAAGACAUGGUAAAGUUCUACUAACUAUACCUAGUGAGAGCAGUACAGUGGAGGAGAAGUUUAUUAAGAAGGGGGAGGCUUCUGGAAGUGAUUCUUUGCUCGAUCUAGAUCCUCAUAACACAGUCUUCUAUGUUGGUGGAGUGCCUGAAGGCUUUAAGCUCCCAGACAGUUUGAACCUUCCCAGCUUUGUGGGUUGUCUAGAGCUGGCAUCUGUGAAUGAUGAAGUUGUCAGUUUAUACAAUUUCCGGAACAAAUAUAAUAUAAAUACAGUCACAUCACCACCUUGCAGGAGAAAUCGAUUGGCUUUCACCCAAAGUCGUGCAGCAAGUUACUACUUCGAUGGUUCCGGUUAUGCUGUUAUACGUAACAUAGAAAAGAGAGGGAGGUUUACCCAAGUCACACGUUUUGACAUUGAAGUUCGAACAUCUGUAGAUAAUGCCCUUAUCUUCUUAAUGGUUAAUGGAACUAAGUUCUUUAGUCUGGAAAUCCAAGAUGGCUAUUUGCGGCUGUUGUACGACUUUGGAUUUAGCAAAGGCCCAGUACUUCUAGAUGACUCAAUGAAAAAGGCACAGAUCAAUGACGCAAGAUAUCAUGAGAUUUCUGUAAUUUAUCAUAAUUCAAAGAAGAUGAUUUUGGUGGUCGACAGAAAACAUGUGAAGAGCGUUGACAAUGAUAAAACCUCAAUCCCGUUCACUGACAUAUUUAUAGGAGGAGCUCCUUCAACCAUUCUGCAGAGUAUGCGGACACACCUGGCUGCAGACAUAGCUUUCCGAGGAUGUAUUAAAGGUUUCCAGUUCCAGAAGAAAGAUUUCAAUCUGUUAGAAGAACAAGACACCAUUGGUAUCAGUUAUGGAUGCCCUGAAGAGUCACUAAUGUCCCGCAGUGCUUAUUUUAAUGGACAAAGCUUCCUUGCAUCCAGUCAGAGAUUGGCGCCAUUUGAUUCUUUUGAAGGAGGCUUCAGCUUUAAAACACUACAGCCAAGUGGACUAUUGCUAUAUCACGCUGAUGGGGCUGAUGUUUUUUCAGUUUCCAUGGAUAAAGGUGCUGUAGUCUUAACUGUAAAAGAUAUUAAGGUGCAAUCCAAAAAAAUGCAAUAUAAUGAUGGGCACAAUCACUUCAUUGUUGCCUCAGUAUCACCAACAAGAUAUCACCUAAUGGUAGAUGAAACAGAUGACAAUUCCCAGGACAGGGAUAAAAAAGAUAUUAACCUUCCAGUUGCAAGCAAGGUCUACUUUGGAGGCACUCCGAAUGGUGUGUCACAAGCUAAUUUUUCAGGAUGUAUAAGCAAUGCUUACUUUUCCAGAAUUGACAGAGAUGUGGAAGUUGAAGACUUUCAGAAAUAUACAGAAAAGGUUCAAGUGUCUUUGUAUGGAUGUCCUGUUGAGGCACCUCCGAUUGCUCUCACCCAUAAACGUGGCAAGAACUCCUCAAAAAGCAAAGGAAAACAAAAACACAGAAUAGGAAAGCAUAAAGCAGAUCUUCCACACAGCAUUGUUGGUACUAAGAAUAUAAAGACAGAGGAGCAACCGGAUGUGAUCUCUCAAUGUUCAUCAACCAGCAGACCAAGAGCAGUCCGAAAUGCUUAUCUGUAUGGUGGAACCGCUAACAGUCACCAUGAAUUCAAUCACAUUCCUAAACAAUUCAAUGAAAAAUCUGAAUUAUCUUUCCGCUUCCGGACACAUUCAUCCCAUGGAAUGAUCUUCUAUGUGUCAGAUGAAAAUGAAGACAACUUUAUAACUCUUUUCCUUGCUGAUGGUCAACUACAUUUUAAGUUUAAUGUUGGGGAAGAAAAACUGACAAUUAAGAGCCAGGACACAUACAGUGACGGAGUGUGGCAUACUGUAAUAUGUGUCCGGGAUAUGAAUAAGGGGAAACUAAUAAUCGAUGGUCUACGGGUUCUUGAAGAUAGACUACCUGCUCGCCAUGCUGAUUGGAAUGUCAGGGCACCUCUUUACGUAGGAGGGGUAGCUCCUGAUAAAGCUAUGAAGAAUGUACAGAUCAACUCUGUGUACAGUUUCAAUGGCUGCCUUGGAGACCUGCAGCUCAAUGGGCGCUCUGUAACUAGCCCAUCCCAGACAUUUAGUGUUACACCUUGUUUUGAAGGCCCCAUGGAAUCCGGAACCUAUAUUUCUUCAGAGGGAGGAUAUGUCAUUCUAGCGGAAUCCUUUGAUACUGGGGUAAAAUUUGAGUUUGUAGUAGAAGUUCGUCCAAGGAGCAAUUCGGGUAUUUUGUUCCACAUUCAAAAUACGUAUGGAGAAUAUUUAAAUCUGCACAUGAAGGAGGGACAGGUUGUAGUAAAAGUGAACUUUGGCAGUAAAGAGUUCUCUACACAUGUUGUUCCGAAGCAGAGUCUCUGUGAUGGACAAUGGCAUAGAAUUGGAGUUAUAAGAGAUGCAAAUGUGGUGCAACUGGAUGUGGAUUCUGAGAUAAACCAUGUGGUCGGACCUCUAAAUAGAAAGCAAGUCAGCUUCAUGGAGCCUAUGUUUGUUGGAGGUGUACCAGAUCCUUUGCUUGCACCAAGUUUGACCACAAGAAAUUCUUUCACAGGCUGCAUCCGCAACUUUGUGAUAGACAAGACACCAGUGAGCUUCAGUAAAGCGUCCUUUGUCAACGGGGCAGUCAGCAUCAAUACCUGUCCUUUAUUCUAAGUCACUAUGUACAAUAAAAGUUUGUGUCUUUACUUAAGGUUGUUUUUUUUUUUUACUACAAAAAUGUCUAGUUAAAUAAAUUAUCUGUUUCACUGUGUAUGCUGGCGCCAAAGAUCUGGCACAUAGCCAAUCGGCAAGGGUGC